GAUUGAUAGAUAGAUAGAUAUUCUUGAGAAAUGCUCAACAACGACCCCUAGCGACGUUCUGCAGUUUUUGCUAAUAGGAAGUAGGAAGGUGACCAAAGGACCAGAAGUCAAGUUUAAUUAUCAAGUAAAAAUACAGAUAAAAAAGUGUAAGGGAUAAACACUUUAUGGGUUAGCGUGUGUGUAUGAGUGUAUGGAAACCUACAGUAUUAUUCCAUACAUUAUUUAUAAGUAAAUAAAGAAAUAAAUAAAAUGGGGGAACAGUUAAGUGGCUGUUAAAAUUCAUUAGGACAGCAGGCGUAAAUGUGAGCAGACUGUGAACUGACUGAGUAUAACGUGCUUUUGUUUUUUGUUUCCAGGAUUGUGAAUGGGCCUGUGUGUGUGAUCAGACGACCUGUGCUGUCACUGUCCACCUGGGGAAUGUAGAUCAUAUCAAGCAGACAGGAGUCCAUUCCUGCACACACAUUCCUGCAGUCUCAGAUCUCUAGUCUUUGUUCGUUGAAAUGACGAAACAGCGUUCACUGUUUCCACUCCUCCUUACAGUUCCCCUUCUCGCACACAUACCAUAAUGUUGUUUAUCCGCUGAGGAAUUUUACCAUAUUAUGUUACCGUUCUCAUAUUCACGUCGGCCAUAGAAGUGAGUUCUAUUUCCAUGUCAACUUGUGGGUAAAAUUUAAAUGGUUGUUCACAGACUUGCUGUUGAUUAGCUUUAUCUAUGAGCAUUCCUUUGUUUUCACUCCCUUCACAGCACCACUGUUUCUGAGAAGCACAAUGUAACUGAAGUUUGUUGUGCACUUUUUCCUUCUGAUUACUGUCUGUAAAUACACAGAGUAUCCCAGGUUAAAUCUGUGCAACCAUGUCACAGCUUGUUCUUGUUAUGUCUUGGAUUUCUUACAGGUGUCAGGACAAAUCAAAUGUCAAAUUGUGCUGUAGAUGAAUCACAGCUUUUUCCCAGUAUUUAGCGACAGGAAGGAGCAGGUAUCAACAUGCAGCUCCGCGCUGUGACAGGACAGAUGAUAGGAGAGGCGUGGUGAAGGAACAGAGGCGGAUCACAGGGGAUGUUUUGAAUGCUACUUCACCAGCUCACCUCGGCUAAUGACAGCGUAGGUUGUUUCAACUGGUGUCUUCACGUUCCUGUUGCAGUUCAGUAGCUCAGGAGUGAGGGACAGAAACCUUUGGAGAUGAAUCUUUACAGGAGCUUUGGAAACCUUAUGGAGGCUUGGAUGACCGAAGGAAGCUUGUAUUCUGACUCACAAUCACUUGGAAAUAAUGAUGAAGACUCUCCUACACCUUCCUAUGACAUGGACACAAACCUGCGCUCAGACUCGGUGGACUCUGGAGUGGAGACAGCCAGCUCUGACACAUCUUUCCUUGCCACAUCCUGCUCUGUUUCAGCAGAUAAUGCAGAAAUAGAUGCAUUUAUUCCAGAAAGAGAAGGCCAUGGACUCACUCCAGCCUCAACAUCACAGUCUCCUCUACUCUCCUCUCCUGUGCCUUCCUCUUCCUCCUCUUCGUCCCCGUACCUCUGUCCCAGCAGACGUCCUGGGGGCUCCACCGCCCUGCACCUAAAAGUGGAGCAAGCACUACAGAGGACUGAUUCUAAACAUCAAAGGGGCAACCCAGAGCCCCUUACAGUGAAGGACGUGCUCAGGCGACAGCCUCAAGCAUCUUUUCUGCCCAAACGGCACACAUCGGAUUUAGUGAGAGGUCAAAGGUCAGAGAGUUUCAGUCUAAGGAGAACAGCCAACCCAUCAGCGCCCAUCAGGCAGAUGUCAGAAUUGUGCAGACGGCCAAUGUCUAUGAGUUGUGAUAAGCAGAGAUCAGAGGUGCUUGGUGAGGAGGUAGGGACUGGACUGAGCCCCGGGCUGAGUUACCUGGAGCAGGUGUGCCAAAUGUUGGAGGAAAUUGCCAGACAACAGAUGCACAACCGAGCGUUACAGACGGAGGCGGAUGCCCUGCGGGAACAUCAAGACACGCAGGUGGGCCAGGCUGUCGACACCUGCCAGACUGCCUCUAAAGCUGCUGAGGAAGACCUCUCCUCUUGUCAAAGGCUUGAGAAUAUAGAAACUGUAGAACACCGUUCAAGUGAACAACAGCAGCAGAAACAUGACACUUAUAGAAAUUUUCGGCGGAGAUCGGCUUCUGACACAAAUAUUGCAACACUGCAUUUAAGAAAGAUGAAAACAGACUGCAGAGGGCAGCGUCUGAGUGCACAUGACCUUGUGGAGAAGCCAGAGGAAGAGCAAGAAAAGGAGGAGUCUACAAAGGAGGAGAGGAAAAGACCUAACAAGAACUGGAAGUUAAAAAUAGGCUCUUUGAGAAGAGAGGCGUCUCCCCUGAGAGAUACAAAGGGCCAACAGAUGCAGUCAUCUGAGAAAAGCUCGACCCGACGACGGCUGAGCCAGCUGUUCAGGAGGAGAAGGAAGACUCUGCCUGUAUGAAUGGAACACAGUGUCAUGAUGUUUGGACCUUUUUUUUGGACUUUUCUUUAAAUGUUUGAGCACUAUCACUGCUUUCAAGCUGACUUCCUAUUCAGCCCAUGUGCUGUAGCAAUCUGCCAUGUUUAUUUAUUGCCUCCUAUAUACUUGCCUUCAUUAUUUAUAUUGAUAAAUGGUGUCAUUUUCUGUAAAACUGUGACGUGGAACAGAGUAAAUGUGUGGUUUGUUUCUCUGUCAUGCCAUUCAUAAUUCAAAGCAGUGCAAAGCUUCAUAAGAAAAACAUCAAAGUUGUAUGUUUUCCACCUGUCAAAGCUGCAGAUUUGUAAAGAAUAUUAGUAUGCUCUCUAUAGUACACUACACUAUAAAUGUAAAAUAAAAUACAUACAAGUCUCGCCUAUUUUGUGACUGACAAUAAGAAGUUGUGAGGCUGUUUCAGAAUUAUAUAAUAUAAAUAAUAAAGGUAUGGUCUUCAUGAUAUUUGGUACAUUUCAAGAAGUUUUUACAAAACCAUUUAAAGUCCUUUAAUUCAU